AACAGCAACAAACUCCCCACUUUGACAGAAAUUGAUGUAGGAUAGCCACUGAAGAUACCUGGUGAGAGAAAAGAGGAUGACAGAAAAAAAGAAAGAGAAAGUGAAGUGCGUGUGUCACAGGUCGUGGAGCCUGAAAGCGAUUUCUUUCCACUCAGCUGUGAAGGGUCGUCUAAUCACACUGAGUAAAGAUGGUCGUCAGGUGACUAGGGAUGUGUCGUCAUUCUGCCACGGACUGACAUUUAGCGGGCGACAGGUUAAAACAGAGGAAAAGGUGUGCCUGCGAGUCGAGAAAUGUGUUGGACGUUGGCACGGGGCACUAAGGGUCGGAUUUGCUCAUGUUUCACCCGAUCAAACAACGUUACCACCUCUAGCCAUUCCAGACUUGACCAACUCCCCACUUUACGCGGCAGUUGUCGUUCCCGCGGACACUUGUCGACCUGGCUCAGAUAUUCAGUUUUGGCUGAAGAAGAAUGGCUGGCUGCGCGUACAAAGUUCUGAUGGUAGAACACAAUCAGUGCCAACCGCUCUGAAUGUCAAGUGGCCCAUUUGGGCAAUUAUUGACGUAUAUGGACAGACCACAAUGGUGACGAUGCUUGGCUCCAAAAAGAAAUGUUUUACUUUCACGAGAAGGUCUUGUCCUGCUCUCACACACAUCAAAUACACUGAAGACCAAGACAUUCAGCAAACAAAGAAACAAAUGAGCAUGCUGGAGCAGGCAAACCCGAGAAAUGUUCAUCUUGUCAACACAGAACAUGAAGGCCAAGACUGUGAGGAAUGUGUAGUGUGUUACAGUGAUGUAGAAAACACUCGUUUGAGCUGUGGUCAUAAAUGUGUUUGCACUCCGUGUGCCAUGAAGGUUUAUAUGACAUUUGGUACCUGCCCUCUGUGUCGUAAGCGAUUGGAUUUCUUCCAACCAUAUGACAACUAGUUUACAGUCAAACUAGUGGUUAUAUAUAUUUUGUACAGUGAAUUACAGAAUUGUUCUCUUAUGUACAGAUCUAACAGUGCAGAAUUUGUGUAUUUGCACUCUAAAGUAUCUCUGCUUUGUAAGUCGCCUUGAAUACAUUUUACAGUUUGAUGUAAACAUGUACAGGCCCAUCUGUAAUGUAAAAUUGUAUAAAGUAUUGUAAA